AGUGGGAAGGUCGCGAAGGUCACAGUCUCACAGGCACGGGCAGAAACAAUCACCGCACCAUGGCUUUGUGUGCUGGCAUGUCCUCCCUAGUUCCUCGCCUGCCCCACGCCGCCACACCUCGGCCCCCUCAAGACCCAGCAGCCUCACCUCUCCCGGCCCGGUUCCCUUUGCUCGACUGAGGAUCUUCUCCCUGGCUAAAGCGCGUCGCAGAGAUUUAACGAGCAUCCUCCUGACCUGGCUCCGGUGCAAAAGGAAAACGGGAGACGCACUCAAUUAACCAGGGACUUGAGGAAUUAAGGAAUGACACGGAGAGAAGGAGACGAGAGCGAAAGACGAAGCAAUCUUGAGUAACGCCUGAAGAAUCCUGAAGGCGGCGGCGACGAGGAGCAAGAGAAGGAGGAGGAAGAGUGUCUUUCAUCCCCCAGAGACGCGACGGGGGCCAGAGAGGAGCAUAAACAAGGCAGGACGCGAGGAAAACUGUUGCGUUGAUUGAGGUGGUGGAGUAGGCGUCUUAAUUAGCAGUGAAGCGCCGGUGUUUGGAGACGUGAGGAGGAGGGGAAGAAGAACGACGACAAGCAGGAGUAGGAGGAAGAGGAGGAACGACCUAGUGAGCCGUUCGUGUCGUUCGUGAUUGGCAGUGGUGGUCGUGGUGGGAAGGAAAGGAAAGGGUAAAAGAUUGGCACACUUAAGGUCGAGGGAGGAGUGCGGCAGUAACUUUUUUUUUCUUCAGUCAUGUGGACUUGUUAAGAUUAUUUUUCCGUGAUUGUUGUUGGAGGGUAAAAGUAGGAGAAAGGAAGGAAGGAAGGAAGGAAGGAAAGAAGGAAGGAAGGGACAAAAAUUGAUGUGCUUAAGGUCUGACAAAGGCAUUACUCUUUUUUUUAUCAUUUGCUUCAGCCAUGUGGGCGUGUUAGGAUUGUUUUCCCUGGUGGUUGCUGAAGGAAAAGGAAAGUGAAAGGAAGGAAUGGAAGGAAAAAAAAACCAUGUACUUAAGGUCAUUAAAAUGUGCCCGUAACUUUUUUUUUUCGGCCUGAACUAUGUGAAGUUAUGAUGAAGUUCUCUUUCCAGCAGUGAUUGUGUAGAGAAAAAAGUUUAAACGCAGAAAUAGUAUGUAAAAAAAGAUUGACGGAUUUAAAAACUAUACAGAGAAACUGGUCCUUAGUUUAGCAAUGUUUCGACUCCAAACUCUGUGAACUUAUCAGAAGGUGCUUGUGUUAGAGAGAGAGAGAGAGAGAGAGAGAGAGAGAGAGAGAGAGAGAGAGAGAGAGAGAGAGAGAGAGAGAGAGAGAGAGAGUAAAGGUGAAAAUACAUAAAAUGGAAUUAAGAAUCUAUUGAUAACUUUGUAACGGUAACCAUGUAAACUUGUUAGGAAAAAAAAAAGUGAGAAAAACAGCGAGUGAAAAACCACUUCAAAUUCAGUAUCUAUUCAUAACUUUGUAACGGUAACUACAUAAACUUAUUUGGGAAAAGCGAGAAAAACAGCGAGUGAAAAAAAUGAUAAUUAACCAAACUGAAUUAAGUAUGUAUUCAUAACUUCUCGAACCUAAUUAUGUGAACUUAAAGGAAGUAGUUAACUUUAACACAACGAGCAACACUCACCCCCUCUGGUAUACACGCACAAGACAUUCCUUUCCCUGCAAGGCAUGAAGGGUGGGUGUAAGGCAAGAGAUCUCAUAUACGUAUGAAACCACGAAAACAAAACGACGAAACCGAAUCAGCAAUGAAUGAGUGAAGCAUUGUUACCACAGGACUCACCAGCAACACACAGGCAACGUCACACGCGCAGAUACUCCCGCACCAACACACAAAAGGAGUGCAAGGGAAGGGAUCUGAUAGGGACACACAGCAACACAUAUCCCUCCACAUCACAGGCAGGCGCAGAGGACGUCCACGCUCCCUGCAGCACUAUAGGAGAUGCAAGUCCUUUCAAAACCCUGCAAAAUAUUGAACCGCCAAAUCUCCCUGAGUGACUGAAGCUUCUGAAUCCUGAACUGAACCCUGAAGCGAACCCUGGCAGCGCUCCGGUGGCCCGUGUGAAGUGGUAACCUACGUAGACAUGAACUCCCAAUGUAGAGCGUCUUCCCCUUCACCUCUUCCUCUUCCUUCAGCUCCUCUUCCUCCUCCUCCUCCUCCUCGUCUGGAUUAGUGUGUGCUGGGCCGGGCGGAGGCGCGACGAUCAUGGGUUGUGUAAAGAGCUGGAGAUUGCAGUGUGUUUGACCUUCAGGCACCAUCAGCAGGGAGCAAACACGCGGCCAGGGGGAGAGAGAGAGAGAGAGAGAGAGAUCUGUUCGGCGUCUAGAUCCUCUCCACUCCAUCCAUCCUUCUUACUCCUUCACCCCCCAUCCUCCUCCUCCUCCUCCUCCUUCUGAGAUGUGAGGACUCAGCCAUGGCGGGAGACAGAAGGAGACACGUACGAACUUUAGCGUCGGCAAAAGUUAACCUGGAGAGGAGGAAAAGCAGAAGGCGAGUGUGCGGGGUGCUUCAGGGGAGCGGCUGGGGGCCCUCCCGUCUUCCCCGCCCCUGGGAGAGAUGCGUGGGGCGUUACUCUCUCCCCACACACCCCCGCCGCGACCACUCCGUAAUGGAUACAAAGUUACGGGCGAGGUGUAACAGGUCCGCGCUUCACCGUGACGGAAACUUCGCGUCCCACCCUCCUUUAGGAAUCCAGGGAGGUGCAGGGGUCGUCACGAGCGUCACGCCUCUGCCGCCUGCUGCCCCUCUCCCCCACCAGCGACUCCUUGGCUCAGAGAAACACUUAGGGGAAGGCUGUGUGUUGCAAGGAGACAUGGCAUCCUCCUCCUGCGCCCCCUUCGUGAGUAGGCAUCCUGACCAGUGCCUGGGAUGUUGCUCUGACGAAGGGGUGAGCUGUCCUGAAGAUCCUACAGACACCCAUAUCUCCCACGCCCUCAGGAGCACAACGACUGCACCUAAUGACCAAUUCCAUCACGCCCCACGCCCACAGAGAAUUCAGGACGUCCUCGGAAGCCCCAAAAGGCGUCCCAGAGUUCCAAAUUCAUGGCGGGGAAGAAGGAGCGGCCUAGAAAUCCUACUGGCUUCCCUCCUGCCGGGUAUCCUGACGCUGCUCCUGUUGCUGCUGCCAACCCACGCCCUUCCAGAUGGCGGCCCUCCAUCGCUGCCUACAGAUGGACACCCGGCCCUCGCCACGCCCCAGCAGAACCUCACAGUGCCUGCUGGGAGGGUGGCCAAGCUUACCUGCGUUGUAGAAGACCUUGGGAUGUACAAGGUGGCUUGGACGCACUACGGGGAGUCAGGGCGCGCCGUGCUGACGGUGGACACGAACGUCAUCACCAAGAACGACCGCGUGUCUCUGGUGAAGGAGAGCGGCGGCUCCUCCUGGUCCCUGGUGAUCCGCAACGUGUCCACCUCAGAUGCCGGGGAGUACAUGUGCCAAGUGAGCACCGUACCGCCCGAGAGACUGUACCUGCAUCUCUCCAUCGUGGUGCCCCCGAGGAUCACCAAGCUGCCCCUGGAUGUAGAGGCGGACGAGGGGCAGGAGGUGAGGCUGGAAUGCGAGGCCACAGGAGACCCCAAGCCGACCUACGCCUGGAGGAGGGAAGACCUGAGGCCCUUCCAGCAAAAUGGGUCCACAGUGGGCGUCGCCUCUGGGCCACUCCUCGUGCUUCCCUCCGUCACCAGGAACUCCAGCGGGGCGUACCUGUGCGUGGCAUCUAACGGCAUCCAACCCGCUGUGUCCGCCCGCGCUAAGGUGUCCGUCAAGUUCGAGCCGGAGAUGGUGGGUGACGUGCAUAUUGAGUGGGCGGAGGUGGGCGGGCGGGCGGUGCUGGUGUGUCGGUACCUGGCCUGGCCGCCGCCCACGCUCACCUGGACAAAAAACCAAGUGAAAAUAGAGUCUUCAGUGGAGGACUGGGAGGUCGGGGGCGCAGGGACCUCCACCCUGGUCAUCUCCCCUGUGGAGGAGGAAGACUACGGAAUAUACAGGUGUAUUGCCACCAACCCAUUGGGCUCCGCCUCCUCCGCGGUGACCCUGCGAGAGCUGACCACCACCACCACGACCACCACCACCACCACGACCACCACCACCACCACCACCACCACGCCGGUCCCUGAGGUCCACUUGACGGAUGAGCAAAGAUUCCUGGUGGACGGCAAGGUGCUGGAGAAGACUGCUCUCAUACACUCUUCCUCCUCCUCCUCCUCUUCCUCCUCUUCCUCCUCUUCGUGGCAAAGUUCAACCGCCCCCCCUACUGACGCCGCCCCCCACCGCUACGUGCAAGAUGUGGCGCCCCCUAGCGACCCCCGCCCCCGCCCACUCCAUCCCGAGGGCACCGCUGGGAGCUCGAGUCUGCUGGGCCUGGCGUGUCUAUUCCCCUGCCUCUCCUGCUGCUGCUGCUGUUGUUGCAUCCUGACCUUCCUGCUCGGGUAGUGGAAGCCCUGCAGAUAGACAAACACGCCCUUGCCAUCACUCCACCACGCCCUCUAGCGCCACACGCCACACAUCUGUCACCACACGCCACUAUGUCUGUUCGUGGUGCGCUCAAACUAACUUGGCGACCGGUUUUCUGUUCCCCAUUCCACGUGCCAUUGCAUUGAAGGGUCAGGCACAAGGACAGGCUCUCCACUUCCCCGAGGCCAGUGUUUGGUGGCCGCCUUUGCAGUGGUCUGUUGGUGGCUGCUGGUGAGGACUUUGACUUGAUCUGAAGGGAGCGUGGGAAACUUUCUGCCGCCCCGGGGAGAGGACGAAGAGAGAGAGAGAGAGAGAGAGAGAGAGGGAGACUACAUACCAACUGAAACUAAAGUGAUUGUGAGACUAGAAAAUAUAAAAUGAAGAGAAAUAUAUAUAAAUGAGUGAAACAUUUAUUUAGACCAUCGACAAAAAAUAUAUAAACUAACAGAAGAAUGUGAAGAAAAAAGAUUGUGAAAAAUGGAAAGAAAAGACUUCCAAAGAUAUUUUUAUAGAAAGAAAAAUACUCGAAUAAAGCAAAAGAAAAAUUAUGAGGAAAGAUUUUGGAAAAGGCGAGAUGUGAGCUGACUAAUUGUUGUGAAAGUAUGUUAAUCAAGCGCAGUAAAGGUAAAUAUGAUGAAAACUGCUGGGUAAAGAAAAAUAGAAAUAAUUUAUGGCAAGAUGACCAUUACGUGCAAUGAAGAGCAAGGUAAACAUGAUAUAGAACAGCUAUAAAGAAUUGUUAGAGAUACACACAAAAAAAAAAAAAGGUAUAAACAAAAUAGAUGACUGACCUUAAUACACGAAAUAAAAAAAAAAGAAAACAAAGAACAUGAAGAAAACAAAAUGAAUAAAAAUAUAGACAUGAAAUAGGAGAGUGAAGGAACUAAAAAUUAAAAAUGACAAAAGAAAAAAAAAAAAACAUGACUUCUUAUCACCGAACACUGAGAUGAUGUGAUGUGAGUGACAAGAAAACAAAGAAAAUGGAAAGUGAUCAAGAAAAAAGAUGCAGAGAAAAACAGGAAGUAAACAUUAAAACCAGCUUCAUUAAACCGAAUAAAUCUAUGAACAGUAGAAGAUAAAAGAAUAAGAAGAAAUUGAAAUAAGAAGGAAACAAAGACGACAGAUAAUAAGCUUUUUGAAACUAAGAGGACAGAAAACUCCUACUUUCAGUAAAAUUACAAACACAGUAAGUAGAUGAACAAUUCGCUCAGUGACAAAUCUACUAACACUACUAACAGACAGCCAAGUGAUCAUACUGGAAAUAGAACUAACAAGAAAUACAAAGAGAAAUAACACACUAUUUGUAAUGAUAAAAAUGUAUUACUUUCACACCUA